AUGGACAGAUUCAGCCUCACAUGCAAGUCGGAGCAUGACAUGGACAAACUGGCCCACAUCUUCAGUUAUUACAUUAGUGACAUCGUGGAGCAUGUGCUCUGUUUUGGAGGGGAUAUCCUAAAUAUCACAGGGAAUGUGCUCCUGGCGCUCUGGACCGUGAAACAGAACCAACUGAGUGACAUCAUUACCCUGGUGGCAAAGUGCAGCUUGGAAAUACAGGAGAAGUUUGGAAUUUACCAUACCAGAGAAGGCCAGGACCUACAGCUAAAGAUAGGCUUGUCUGCAGGUCGGAUUUCGCAGGUUAUUAUUGGAGACGAGCAGCGGCAGUUCCUCUUGGUCAUUGGGCGGGAUGUAGACGACGUACAGUUAGCUCAGCGUUUGGCGCAGGCAAAUGAGAUUGUCUUGUCUUGGAACUGCUGGGAAUUAUGUGAAAAAUACAUGUUUGAAGUGGAAAUCAUGAGGGACGAUGAAGCUGUGAAGCUGAGGGAUAUGCGCAUCAUUGACCCAUUUGAUUUUGAUGAGCAUUUUGACAAGUGUCUGGAUUAUCUGCCACAUUACCGCACAAGUGCUGACACUCUCAGAACUGCCCUGGAAUUGGAUCCAGAUUCUGCGCUAGAGCAAACCCUCCGGAAGCACAUCAUGAAAAACCUUCUGAAGAAGAUUGAUGAAGGCCAACCUGUGGAGUAUCUGUCCGAAUUCCGUACUGUGACUAUGGUUUUGGUCAGCUUAGAGCUCCACAAGACAGCGUGGAAGGUGCACUUGUGCCACCUUAUCCAGAAAGCGGCCUUAUACAUCUCCACAGCCAUUGAGAAAGGGGGUGGCCAGCUGAGCCGGAUCUUUAUGUUUGAGAAAGGCUGCAUGUUCCUCUGUGUUUUCGGCCUUCCUGGAGACAAGAAGCAAAAUGAGUGUGCCCAUGCUCUGGAGAGCUCUUUCAGCAUCUUCAGCUUCUGCUGGGAGAAUCUUGCAGAGACCAAGCUUGUUUCCAUCAGUGUCACCAAUGGACCAGUAUUCUGUGGUGUUGUUGGGGCAGUAGCACGGCAUGAAUACACAGUUAUUGGCCCCAAAGUAAGCCUAGUGGCCAGAAUGAUAGCUGCUUACCCAGGGAUGGUGUCCUGUGAUGAGGUCACAUACCUAAGAUCCACGCUGCCUGCUUACAACUUCAAGAAACUCCCAGAGAAGAUGAUGAAACACAUCUCCAGCCCGGGGAAGAUGUAUGCAUACCUUGGCCAUAGAAGAUGUGUAAUGUUUGGGAAGAGACAUUUAGCCAGAAAGAGAAAUCAAAAUCAGCCUUUAUUAGACCGGGAGAAAGAACUAGAAGCCUUCCAAAUGGCACGGCAGGGGUGUUUGCGCCACACGAUGGGAAGAGCGGCUUUGUACGAAGGUGCAAAGGGCUGUGGGAAAAGCCGGCUGUUGGCGGAAAUAAACUCCCUAGCCCAGAAGGACGGACACAGGGCUUUGCCACUGAUGCUGAAGGAAGCAGAUUCCAGUCAACGCUUCUACGCCAUCCAGACUCUCAUGGCCAUCUUCUUUGAGGUUGAUGUGUGUCCGUCCUACUACCGCCAACAGUGUCUCCAGAGACAGCUCCGUGGCAUGGUGGAGGAACCGCUUCACUGCCUUUUCAACGACCUCUUCUUUGUGAAGUUUCCCUUAUCCUACAAAGUUUCUCACAUGGAUGACCGGACAAGACAAAAGGAGGUUGAAGUUUGCUUUGUUCAAGUGCUUCAGAAGGCAGUGAGGGAAACACCCCUGAUUUUCCUCAUCGAUGAGGCUCAGUAUAUGGACGCCGCUUCCUGGGAGUUCCUGGGUACCUUGCUCGCCAGCGUGCCCAUCAUCAUGGUGAUGACGUUGUCCCCCACCUGCACCCCGUGUGGCUGGGCCCAGCGCUUCCUGCAGUGUCCUCAGGCUACCCUUGUGCCUAUUUCGAUGUUGGCAGCAACCUCGCUAUUCAGAAUGGCAUGUUGGGAACUGGGGGUGGUGAGCAUCCCCCAAGAGUUGCAGAUGUGA